AUGGAGGUUUGUCCUUUGAAUUUUUAUGAUAAUGGAGAUGUCGUUAAAGUUGUGAAUGAAUUUUAAACACAAUAGUAUGUCUAAUAUAAUGUUUAAAAUAGAAUUUUUUCUAAAGAUUAAUAUGUUAGGUAUAUUUACUCAAUUUAUUAUUUGGCUACUACUAUGAUAACUGUUGGUUACGGAGAUAUUACUCCUUAAAAUUAUAUUGAAUGUACAUUUACUAUUAUUACUAUGUUUUUUACAGGAAUUAUUUAUGCUUAUAGCCUUAAUGCUAUUGGAAAUAUUAUAUCUAAUAUAAAUAAGCAAAAUCAACGUUAUAGAGAAGAUAUGGAAGUAAUUCAGAAAUAUAUGAGAUAAGGAAAUGCAAGCUAAAAUAUUGCCACUUAAGUAUCAAAUUAUUUAGAUUACUUCUAUAAAGAAUCAAAUUAAAUUGAUAAAAUAAAGGAAGAUGAAGUAAUAGGAAAAUUAUCAAAACAAUUAAAAUACGAUUUAUUAGAAGAUAUAAAUGGAAAGCAUUUGAAGAAUAUUCCUUUAAUAUAUAAUAUGUAAUCAAGAAUUUGUCACAAUGUUAAGCUUUCUCGAGCCAGAAAGGCUAUUAGAUAAGAUGGAUUCAAAAUAAGAGUGUACACUAAGUUCAAUUAACAUUAUGUUUACCCUGUUAGUGAUAAUAUGUAUGAAAAAAUUUAUAUGUAGCUAUGA